CCUCCCCGCGCGCCCGGCCGGCCGGCUCGGGUCUCCGCCGUCCCCGCCCCGGCCAUGGCCACGCUCCGGGUCCAGCCCGAGGCCCAAGCCAAGGUGGAUGUGUUCCGGGAAGACCUGUGUGCCAAGACCGAGAACCUGCUCGGGACCCAUUUCCCCAAGAAGAUUGCUGAGUUGGAUGCGUUUUUAAAGGAGCCGGCCCUCAACGAGGCCAACCUGAGCGAUCUGAAGGCCCCGCUGGACAUCCCAGUGCCGGAUCCGGCGAAGGAGAAGGAGAAGGAAGAGCGGAGGAAACAACAGGAGAAGGAAGACAAGGAUGAGAAGAAGAAAGGGGACGAUGACGACAAAGGUCCUCCCUGUGGCCCGGUGAGCUGCAACGAAAAGAUCGUGGCCCUCCUGCACCGCCUCAAGCCCGAGAUCAAGGAUGUCACUGAGCAGCUCAACCUGGUCACCACCUGGCUGCAGCUACAGAUUCCCAAGAUUGAGGACGGGAAUAACUUCGGAGUGGCUGUCCAGGAGAAGGUGUUUGAGCUGAUGACCAGCCUUCACACGAAACUGGAAGGUUUCCACACUCAAAUCUCUAAGUAUUUCUCCGAGCGCGGCGAUGCAGUCAGCAAGGCGGCCAAGCAGCCCCAUGUGGGUGAUUACCGCCAGCUGGUGCAUGAGCUGGACGAGGCAGAGUACCAGGAAAUCCGGCUGAUGGUCAUGGAGAUCCGAAACGCCUACGCCGUGUUGUACGACAUCAUCCUGAAGAACUUCGAGAAGCUCAAGAAGCCCCGGGGAGAGAGCAAGGGCAUGAUCUACUGAGAGCCUCUCCUCUCGCCUGGGGACGGCCCGGGGACUCCAGGCCUUUCCCCCGUCUCCCUCGGGUUGUCUCCCAGACACAAUAAAUACAGUCGUGGUCGC